AUGCCAGCUCCGGACUCGACUACCCCAGCGACAUCCGUAGACACCCAGUCUGCCAAUGUCAACGGGGAACGACGCUAUGGCUACACAACAGAGGGGAAGAAGAAGCGGAUUUUGCUGAAUGCAUUCGAUAUGAACGGCAUUGGCCACAUCAGUGUUGGCCAGUGGCAGAAUCCCAUAGACCAGAGCUCGCAGAAAAACAGACUGCCUUACUGGAUCAACCUGGCCAAGCUCCUUGAACGAGGAAAGUUUAACGCCCUCUUCUUAGCGGACAACUUUGGCUCCCAUGAUACAUUCAAAGGAAGUCAUGCACCGGCCAUCCAGGCGGGCACCCAAUGGCCCCUGUACGACCCGUUUGUCAUAAUAUCUGCCAUGGCGGCAGUCACCGAGAGCCUGGCCUUUGGAAUUACAGCCUGCACCACGUUUGAGCCUCCUUUUCUCCUUGCAAAGAGAUUCUCCACCCUGGAUCACCUCACCAACGGAAGGAUGGCUUGGAACAUCGUGACGUCCUGGAGUGACAAUGCUGCCCGCGCCAUGGGUCUCGACAAGCUUCCCGAACAUGAUCUCAGAUAUGAAAUGGCUGAAGAAUAUGUCACUCUGCUGUACAAACUGUGGGAGGGCUCGUGGGCAGACGAUGCUGUAGUCAAGGAUACCAAGACACACACUUACACAGAUCCCUCAAAGGUCCGCAAGGUGGAGCAUGACGGGAGGUUUUUCAAGUCCUCAAGCGCCCACCAGGUAGACCCCAGCCCCCAGAGAACGCCGCUGCUCUUUCAAGCAGGGAUGUCGCCAGCAGGAUCCUCUUUUGCCAGCAGGCAUGCCGAAUGUGUCUUCAUCGGCGGCCAGAACCCGGAAUUUCUCGCACCGAAGAUAAAACGGACACGAGAACUUGCUGCAUCACAGGGCCGGGAUCCCGCCGACCUGAAGUUUUUCAUACAGUUCACGCCCGUACUAGCAGCUACAGACGAGGAAGCCCAAGCCAAGGUGGAGGAAUACAAAAAGUAUGCCAUACUAGACGGUGGGCUCGCCCUCUUCGGUGGCAUCUCGGGUAUUGAUGUCAGCAAGUUUCCGCCGGACGAAGAAUUCCCAGAAGAUCCAGACCAUCCUUUGUGGAACGGGGUUACGAAGGAGCAGCGUGAACGGCUCCUGGCGCGCCCGUGGGGCUACGAAAGGUGGACACCGCGCACUCUGGCCGAAUACCGCGCAAUCGGAGGGGGCGGCAGCUUUAGCGUGGGCACCGGCAAGACCGUGGCGGAUGAAAUGGAGAAGUGGAUUACCAUCGCUGACCUGGAUGGGUUCAACAUUGGACACGUCGCAGUACCCCAAGCCUGGGAGGACGUUAUCGAGUUCCUCAUCCCGGAGCUUGAAGCCAGGGGUUGGCUGUCAGAUGACUACCCUGUGCCCGGAGGUACGGCGCGCGAGAAUCUCUACGCGACGCCCGGCCGGGCCAAGCUUCGGGAAACGCACCCAGGGUACAAGUAUAGAUUUUCUCAAUAA